AGAAUGGCUCUGAAAAAUGUCUCCUUGGUAACUGAAUUCAUCCUAGUGGGGUUAACAGACCAACCAGAACUGCAAAUACCCCUUUUCUUACUCUUUCUGAUGAUAUAUUUGAUAACUGAAUUUGGAAAUUUGAUUUUGAUCAUUCUAAUUGUACUGAACUCUCACCUGCACACCCCCAUGUACUUUUUCCUCUUUAACUUGUCCUGCAUUGACUUUUGUUAUUCAUCUGUGAUUAUACCCAAAAUGCUGAUGAAUUUUAUACUAAAGAGAAACCUUAUCUCCUAUGUGGGAUGUAUGACCCAACUCUACUUCUUUUGUUUUUUUGUCAUUUCUGAAUGCCAUUUGCUGACAGUAAUGGCCUAUGACCGCUACAUGGCCAUCUGUAAUCCACUCUUGUACAACACCGCCAUGUCUCCUAAGAUAUGUUCCUAUCUUAUACUUGGUUCAUAUUGCAUGGGAAUUACUGAUGCCAUGAUCCACACUGGAUUCAUACUGAGACUGACUUUCUGUGAUAAGAACACCAUCAACCACUAUUUCUGUGAUAUGCGACCUUUGCUGCAGCUCUCCUGUACCAGCACCUAUGGCAACGAGAUAGAGAUUUUCAUUGUAGUAGGGAAAAACGUCAUCAUUCCCACGGUUGUCAUCUUCAUCUCUUACGGUUUCAUUCUCUCCAACAUCCUCCAUAUAAAGUCCACUGAGGGCAGGUUUAAAACUUUCAGCACCUGCAGUUCACACAUACUUGCUGUUUCUCUGUUCUUUGGGUCAGCAGCAUUCAUGUAUCUCAAAUCCUCUUCAGCUGGAUCUAUGGAUGAUGAAAAAGUAUCUUCUAUCUUUUAUAACAUUGUGGUUCCUAUGAUGAACCCGUUAAUCUACAGCCUGAGAAACAAAGAUGUUAAAAAUGCCCUGAAUAAAACUCUCACAAAAAGAAUAUUUAGAUCAGAAACUUAA